CACCGUUCUUUGAAUGCCAUGUGGCUUUCUGUUGAUUAUAGCUUGUUGUUGUAUGUAUUGUAUUUGACGUGACGCCAUGGUAACACAAGUAGUCUCGCUAAGCUUGCUGCUUGCGUUGGGUUCAGUGGGAACGCGUACAUGUUUGACUUUGAGCGCGCAGGCCUUUGUGUCUUGUGCAUUUCCAUUGGUUGCAUUCGAUUCUGUGCGUGCAUCAUAUUAAAAUAUGUAUUAUGUUUAAUCAGGGGAGUGAGGUUUACAAGCACAUCAAACCGCGCUGUCAGCAUUUCGUGUGACGAGAUGUCCAGGCAGGGAAAUGAACAACUAGCUAGCUUCCUUGCUAGCUAAUUGCGUUUCGGUGUUUUAAAUGUCGGGGAAACCGAUGGCUGGGUUACGGGCACAAUGGUACUGUCAGAGCUUAACUGGGACCACCACAUCCCCUUUCCGAAGCUCCCCCAAUACCAGUCCAGGGCUGCCGUUUGUCUAGCGGCUCUCCUCUGUUUCAUGAAUAGCUAUGACGGAGAGUUCGUGUUUGAUGAUUCCGAAGCCAUUAUCAACAACAAGGAUUUGAAACCAGAAACACCACUGAAUAACAUCUGGAGAAAUGACUUCUGGGGAAGUAACUUAAGCAGCAACACCAGCCACAAAUCCUACCGGCCUCUCACGGUGCUGACCUUCAGACUCAACUACUUCCUGGCUGGUGGUCUCCAUCCGGUGGGCUUCCAUGUGAUCAAUAUCGCCCUGCACAGCGCGAUCUCUGUGCUAAUGAUCGAUGUGUUCGCCGUAUUGAUCGGGGGUUUGGCCUACGAUGGGAACGGGAGGAGGCUCAACCAGGCGCCGAAGGCGUCUUCUCUAGCCGCUCUCCUCUUUGCCGUGCACCCGGUUCACACGGAAAGUGUGGCGGGAGUUGUAGGCCGGGCAGACCUUCUGUGUGCCCUCUUCUUCCAGCUCUCCUUUCUCACGUACUGCAGAGCCUUCCAGCGCGGGAAUGCUAAGGAGGACAGAUUCUCGAUGGCGUGGAUCGUAAUUAGUCUUGUAUUGUGUGCAGUGGCUAUGCUCUGCAAAGAACAAGGGAUCACAGUUUUGGGAGUGAAUGCUGCCUUUGACAUCCUCAUGAUCUGCAAUGUGAACGUGUUCGAGCUGAGCCAGCGGCUUCUGGGCCGACAGAAGAUGAUGGAUGUCACUGAAGUGUUCAGAAGGGGACUCUUGAUAAGAAUGGCUCUCCUGACAUUCGGAGGUUCCUUCCUUGUGUACGCACGCUGGAGGAUCAUGGGAACAGGUCCGCCUGCCUUCACUGAGGUUGAUAACCCAGCAUCCUUUGCAGAAAACGUAUUUCUGCGAACUGUGAACUAUAAUUACUACUACUCCUUGAAUGCAUGGCUGCUCCUGUGUCCCUGGUGGCUGUGUUUUGAUUGGUCAAUGGGCUGUGUACCUCUUAUUAAAUCAGUCUGUGAUUGGAGGAUGGUCCCACUGCUGCUGUUGUGGAGUGGCCUCAUUGGCUUGGCGAGUCAGGCUUUGCUCUCGCAGGAUGGUCACAGGAGGAGGACACUCGCCCUGGGCCUGGUGCUCCUGGUGGUGCCCUUCCUGCCGGCCUGUAACCUUUUCUUCCGCGUGGGCUUCGUAAUCGCAGAGCGCGUGCUGUACCUGUCCUGUGCCGGCUACUGUCUGAUCCUCACAUACGCCCUGGGCCGCUCCUGCUGCCUCUGGAGGCCGCACAAGACGCUCCUGCACGCCGCCCUGCUGGGGCUGCUGUGUGUGAACGCGUCUCGCUGUGCCCUCCGCAGCCACCAGUGGCGCUCGGAGCAGAGCCUGUUCACCAGCGCCCUGUCUGUGUGCCCGCUCAACGCCAAGGUUCAUUACAAUGUUGGCAAGAACCUGGCGGACCGAGGCAAUCAGAGCGCUGCCAUCCAGUACUACAGAGAAGCUGUGCGGUUAAAUCCGAAAUACGUUCACGCCAUGAACAACCUGGGGAACAUUCUGAAGGAGAGGAACGAGUUAGUGGAAGCUGAAGAACUGCUUUCCAAAGCGGUCCACAUCCAGCCUGACUUUGCGGCGGCGUGGAUGAACCUCGGCAUUGUGCAGAACAGCCUGCAGAAGUUUGCCGAUGCGGAGCAAAGCUACUGGAACGCCAUCAAGUUCCGGAGGAAGUAUCCCGACUGCUACUACAACCUCGGACGGCUCUAUGCAGACCUGAACCGGCACCUGGAUGCGCUGAACGCGUGGAGGAACGCCACCAUGCUGAAGCCGGAGCACAGCCUGGCCUGGAACAACAUGGUCAUCCUGCUGGACAACACAGGCAACCUUCCGCAGGCUGAGGCGAUUGGCCGAGAGGCCCUGGGGCUCCUCCCCGAUGACCACACCAUCAUGUUCUCCCUCGCCAACGUCCUGGGAAAACUGCAGAAGUACACGGAGUCUGAAGGGUUCUUCCUUAAUGCACUGAAGAUAAACCCGAAUUCUGCCAGUUGCCAUGGAAAUCUAGCUGUUCUCUACCACCGAUGGGGUAAACUGAACAUGGCGAAGAAACACUACGAGAUGUCUUUGAAACUAGACCCUAACGCACCGGGGACGAAGGAGAACUACAGCAUGCUUCGACGCAAACUCGAACAGCAGCAGAGGAAGACGACUGUCUGAAUGUUCAAUAACUGCAUCGCGCAGAUCUGUGCUCUUCAUCUUUGUAUUGUACUUUACAUUAUUGAAGAAAAAUAAAGGUAAAAAUGA